GGGGCCAUGGCGGAGCUCCAGGCGCGCCUCGAGGCGCUGGAGCGGCGGAUGGAGCGGGCGGAGGCGGCGCUGCGGGAGCGGCCCCUCGCCGCCCUGCGGCUCCACGGGGUCCCGGUGCUGUUCGAGGAUGUGGCAGUGCGGUUCAGCCGGCAGGAGUGGGCAAGCCUGGACGAGGGACAGAGGGAAAUGUACCGGAGCGUCAUGGAAGGCAACUACGAGAUGCUGGUGUCCCUGUACUGUGCCCUGUCCAAGCCUGAACUAUUGCUACAGCUGGAAAGAGAAGAGCUGAGCACGCCGCUGGAAUCCGAGCCAGAGGCAGCAGAGGUGUCCCCAGAGCUGGCUGUAGAGCCAGCCCGACAGAACUGCACCAGCGAGGAUGCACUGCUGGAGACAGAGACAAUGGAGAGGGGCUGCAGGGAGCCAGAGGAAAGCGGGAAUGUGGCAGAGAAAAGUGGGAACUUGGUAGAGGAAAGCACGAACCUGGUGGAGGAAAGCUGGAGUCUAGUGGAGAUAAGUGGGAACCUGAUAGAGGAAAUCUGGGGUGUGGCAGAGGAAAACAGGAGCCUGGCAGAGGAAAGCAGGAGCCUGGCAGAGGAAAGCAGGAGCCUGGAAGAGGAAAGCAGGAGCCUGGAAGAGGAAAACAGGAGCCUGGCAGAGGAAAACAGGAACCCAGCAAAGGAAGGUAGGAGCCCAGCAAAGGAAGGUGGGAACCCAGCAGAGGAAGACGGGAACCCAGCAGAGGAAAGUGGGAACCCAGCAGAGGAAAGUGGGAACCCAGCAGAGGAAAGUGGGAACCCAGCAGAGGAAAGCGGGAACCCAGCAGAGGAAAGCGGGAACCCAGCAGAGGAAAGUGGGGACCCGAUGGAGGAAAGCAGGAGCCCAGCGGUCCCAGAGAACUGCAGAACACCACCCGUCCCUCUGGAAGGCACUGCUGUCCUGGCGGAUCUCAGCCAGCCGACCCCGUCCCCUCCCCGCCCGCUCUCCGUGCACUGUCAGGAAGCCGUGGGUCAGAACUGUUCUCCCCCUGCUGCAGGAGAUGCUGAAGCGGGGAUCCCAAUGGAGGUGCCGCAGGAGGAGGUUGCCGCAGAGAAGCCAUCAAUGCCCAAAACGCCCUCCAAGUGUCUGGAAGAGGACAAGGGUCAGGAAGAGGAGACUGUGAAAGAUUCAGGGAAUACUGGCCAAGAUCCGGUGGCCGACAUUCCUGAAGAACCAGGAAAGGAGGUGACACCAGAUGUGCACGAAACGACAGAACAGGCAGAUCCCAGCCCAGGGGAGCCGGAGAAGGACUCCUGCGUGGGCCGGCCCAUGGCCUGGCAGCGAAAUGCCGCCCGGGAAUUUUACUCCUGCCCCAUCUGCAGGAAAACCUUCCUGCUGAAGAUCAACCUCCUGAUCCACCAGCGUGGCCACAACAACUGGGUGCCCUAUGUCUGCGUCCACUGCAACCGCAAGUUCAUGUCCAAGAAGAAAAUCAGGCGGCAUCUCCGCGCCUGGGCAGUCAACGGGACGUGCCAGCCCUCGGAGCUGGAGGUGUGUCCCAGCCAGGUGCCAUGCCCAGCAUCCCAUCCCCAAACCUGGGCAGCUAAGGGGACGUGCCAAGCCUCAAAGCCAGAGGAGUGUCCUAGUAGGACACCGUGCCCAACAUCUCAGCCCCAAGCCUGGGCACCCAAUGGCACCUGCCAGCCCUUGGAUGCAAAGGCAUGUCCCAGCCAGGGGACACCGUGCCCAACAUCCCAACCCCAAACCUGGGCACCCAAUGGCACCUGCCAGCCCUUGGAUGCAAAGGCAUGUCCCAGCCAGGGGACACCGUGCCCAACAUCCCAACCCCAAACCUGGGCACCCAAUGGCACCUGCCAGCCCUUGGAUGCAAAGGCAUGUCCCAGCCAGGGGACACCGUGCCCAACAUCCCAACCCCAAACCUGGGCACCCAAUGGCACCUGCCAGCCCUCGCUUGUGAAGGUGUGUCCCAGCCAGGGGCCAUGCCCGGCAUCCCAGUGCCCAACAUCCCAGCCCCAAACCUGGGCAGCCAAUGGCACCUGCCAGGCCUCGAAGCCGGAGGAGUGUCCCAGCCAGACCCUGUGCCCGUCCUCCCAGCCACAAGCCCCAAACAGGGAGUGUGGCACGGUGUGGCAGGAGCCCGGCCCCGCCAGGUGCUCGCUGUCACCUGGAAAAAUGAUGUACACGUGCACCGAGUGCCGGGAAACCUUCUCCAACCAGGUCUUCCUGACGGUGCACCAGCGCCGGCACUCUGGCCACCACCUCAUCCUGUGUCCCUGCUGCAACCGGAGCUUCACCUGGGUCUCGGACUUUGUCCGGCAGCACUGGAUGCACAUGGGUGUCCGGCCCCACCAGUGUGGCAUCUGCCAGAAGACCUUCAAGAGGUUCUCCCACCUCAAGGCGCACCAGAGGAUCCACAGGCGGCAGGAGCGGCCGUUGACCUGCGCCAACCAGGUGCCCAUCGUGGCGGCACCCGCAGCAGGAGACGGGGUGGGAAGCCAGGCUGUGACCCCCAGGGAUGGGGCGCUGCUGUCGGACCUGGAGGUGUCCUCCCGGGAACGGGAGGCCGCUGAUAGGAGGCUGCUGUGUGAUCUUGAGGUGAAGAAUGGGAUGCUGCUGCUGCUGCUGGGCUCUAAGGUGUCCUCUCAGGAAUGGGAUACGUGA